AUGGACGCUGUUGAAUAUUUGAAGUCCAUCGGGUCGGUGCGCGAAACGUCGUCCCAAGUAUUCCAAUACGCAUGCCAGCACCACGGCGGCAACUACUUUGAAUUGGAGCUGUCAGCAAUGGACGCGGUGGCCGAUUAUCUGUGCUCGAUAAUCGAGCGGGAUUAUGGAUCUGACUACGCUGCGAUUCCACCACACGGGAGAUGGCAGCACCUGAAUUACGGAUCGCAGCCCCGAGUGGAGACCCUGAUCCAGGAUUGGACGGCUUCGGGAAUCGAUGAGAUCGAAAUCGCGCGUAAACUGAUUGAUUUGUUCGUUUUGAGCGUGCUGAUAGACGCCGGUGCGGGGAAUGUGUGGCAGUACACGAUUCCCUCUUCUUCAAAUUCAGAAGAUGCUCCAGCGCAGCGGGUUGGCCGUUCCGAAGGUUUGGCAGUUGCUUCCUACUAUCUUUUCGUGGAUGGCAAGUUCUCCAAGGACCCCACGGACCCUUACAGAGUCGAGGGGUCCGUCCUGGAGCAGUUUACUCGAGCAGCUUUCGCGGAUGGCUUUCAAAUCUCGGACUCCAACCCCAUGGAUGGGUUUGACGGUCGUUUGGAGCUGUUGCAAAGGCUGGGCCGCGCGUUGAAUGCGCACCCGAAAAUUUUCGGAGCUGAAGGUCGUCCGGGAGGGUUAGUGGACUACCUGUACACCAAAACUUCACACCUAGAAAGUGAAACCCAAAAUUCCAUCGAUUUGCAGGAUAUUUGGAACGCCCUCAUGACUGGAUUGACUAGUAUCUGGCCUGCAGGAAGAACUGUAGUCAACGGUGAGCCUCUCGGGGACGUUUGGACACUUGAUACCAAAGCUCAAGCCUCCGCAGAGUUUCCUGGGCAAGGUCCUAAAGCGCCAGAAAUCCCCACAGAUAUCGUAACGUUCCAUAAGCUCACGCAAUGGCUCUGCUACUCGCUUUUGGUUCCACUAGAACGAUACGGUUACCAAUUCUCCAUUAAAAACAAGCAACUACAGACAGGACUGCCCGAGUACCGCAACGGUGGCCUAUUCUACGACUUUGGAGUUUUAAAGCUUAAGCCUGACGCUCUCGCCAGAGGACGACAAUUAUCUUCCCAUUUGCAAAAAUCUACUGAUCUUCCCACUUUUGAACCUCAAGACGGUGCCAUAGUCGAAUGGAGAUGUCUCACUAUUGGACUGUUGGACUACUUGUUACCCAUUGUCAAUGACAAGCUCGGCUACCAACUAUCUUUACCACAGCUCAUCGAAGCCGGUUCGUGGAAGGCCGGUCGGGAAAUCGCAGCAGAGCUCAGACCUGACAGCAAAGGACCCCCCAUUGAACUGCACAGCGACGGGACUGUUUUUUGA